ACUAUUCUGGAUAGAAACAUGUCAGCGAUGAAUAGCGAUCGGCUGCAUCGUUCCACCUUGGGGAUUUACUCGAGCUUGAUGGAUGAGCUUAACCCAAGCCUACAAAAACUGGUUUCACUGGGAAACAGCUAUGUCCAGGCUUUCAAGGCUCUAGCUGUAACCAGCGAGGCUUACUUCAGUGCACUUUCACAGAUUGGAGAGAAGGCUUUCUACACAAUGUCCUCAAGCUCCCUAGGAGACGUCCUGAUUCAGAUCUCUGAAAGCCAAAGAAGACUCACCUUGGAGCUGGAGGGAGUAUUCCGCUGGUUCGGUAUGGAGGUUCUUCAUGAAAUGGACAGUAGCAUCAGACUGGACAAAGACUACUUAUCAAGCAGUAGGAGACACUAUGAGCUGGAAGUCCACAACCAGGCGGCAUCUCUGCAGAGGCAGCUGAGGACAGGAGCCAGCCAGGACAGUAGCGAGUAUGUGCAGUUCCUCAUGGCGAGCCACGAACAGGCUCUAAAGGAGGAGGAGAGGAGAUACCGCUUCCUGGCUGAGAAACACUGUGGAUUCAUUCAGUCCAUCAUUCAUGUUAUGGAUAAGACAGGGGGUUCUUUGCAGCAGAGAGCCAAUACCUGGAAGGAGAAGGCGGACGCCACCAGGCAAUCAGAGGCCCGACGAGCCACCACUCUGGGCAACGCUGUAGGGAUGAAAGAAGAGAUUGGGAAGAGGAGAGCGGAGCUGCCCCUGGGCAACAUACCAUCAAGGGCGCCGUCUCCCCAGGGAAGCAGUUCUGGUUCUGCAGCACACUUGGCGGGAAAUGGCCCUGAAGGAAGAUCCACGAGGGCCCUGGUUUCCCACCAGCCUGCUGGCUCCAACCCCACCCUGCUGCCCUUCACCAGGGGAGAGAUUAUCACCGUGCUGAUCGGACAGCCCAGGAACGGCUGGCUGUACGGUCGUGCUGACACCAACUCACGCCAAGGAUGGUUUCCAGCCUCCUUUGUGGAACUGGUGGAUGAUCCUCCAAAGUCAGCGAGGUCCAGUAACUCCACCCUUCGAAGCAGCAGCAGCAUGAGCAGCCUGCUCAACCAACCAGAGAGCAGCAGCCACAACGCCUCCACCACCACCACCACCACUCAGCCCAUCGUGCCCAUCGCUAACUCAGAAAACAAGAGAUCACAGCCACAAGGAUCACGACCAGAGCUCUUCCCGAGGGGCACCAACCCAUUUGCGACAGUUAAGCUCAAGCCCACAUCCACCAAUGACAGAUCGGCGCCGAGACUACAUCGAAGAUGACACCGAACCCUGAAACAAAUACUUUCACUGCACUUAACGAUUCAUCCUGGACCUUGACACUAUACAAUGCUGAGUAUGUGGAUGUUGUUUUGACCAAAAAA